CCGCUGGGGAACAAAGCCGGCCCCGCCGGGACAUCGACUUCCGUGGCCGGGACUGCGUCCACGUCGCGCGCCCCCGUCAAAACCCCGCUCACCCCCGGCCUCAGCAGCUAGCUCAAAUCCGCAGCCGGGCGCCGGGAAAGAAAGCUUGGCUGAGAAUCGCCUUGUCCCUGCAGGCUGCAGCAGCCAAUCGCCGUGCUAGCUCGGCGCGCGUGCGAUGGAGGGGGAGGAGAAGUCGGUGGCUGCUGGCGCGGGGGCCUACUGGGGCGUGGGGGCUCGGGCGUGCGACGCGUGCGCCGGCGAGGCGGCCAGGCUCUUCUGCCGCGCCGACGCGGCGUUCCUGUGCACGGGGUGCGACGCGCGCGCGCACGGGCACGGGUCGCGCCACGCGCGGGUGUGGCUGUGCGAGGUCUGCGAGCACGCGCCCGCCGCGGUCACGUGCAAGGCCGACGCCGCGGCGCUCUGCGCCGCCUGCGACGCCGACAUCCACGCCGCCAACCCGCUCGCGCGACGCCACGAGCGGGUCCCCGUCGCGCCCUUCUUCGGCGCGCUCGACGUCGACGCGCCCAACAAGCACUUCGUGGGCGGAGCCGGAGCCCAUGCCCCGGCCGCUGCUGGAAUAAACAACGAGGAAGACGAAGACGACCGGAGCAACGACGCCGAGGCGGCGUCGUGGCUGCUCCCGGAGCCCGACCAGAAAGUCGGCGGCGCGUUCUUCGCGGACUCCGACCCUUAUAACCUCGACCUGGACUUCGCGCGCUCCAUGGACGACAUCAAGGCCAUCAGCGUGCAGCUCAACGGUGCCCAGGCCGAGCUCGGCCUCACGGGCGGCAACAACAAGCUCUUCUACUCCGAUCACUCCAUGAACCACAGCGUGACGUCGUCGGAGGCUGCGGUGGUGCCGGAGUCGGCGCCGGUGGCGGUGGUGAGCAGGGGCAGGGAGCGGGAGGCGCGGCUGAUGCGGUACAGGGAGAAGCGCAAGAGCCGGCGGUUCGAGAAGACCAUCCGCUACGCGUCGCGCAAGGCGUACGCCGAGACCCGGCCGCGCGUCAAGGGCCGCUUCGCCAAGCGCACGGGCAACGGCGGCGCCGCAGCGCUGGGGGAGGAGGAGGACGAGCACGAGGGGCUCUACUCCUCGGCGGCCGCAGCCGUCGCCGCGCUCCUGCAGGCGCCCGGGGCAGGGCACGGGCACGGGCCCGAGCUCGACUACGGCGUGGACGGCGUCGUGCCCACCUUGGUCUAGACGUACGGUACCGAUCGCCCUUCCCUUGAUUAUUGGGCGCGCUAGUAAUUUUUGUUGCAUGCACAUACGCACGCGAUGUAAUUUUUGUUGUAUGAUUCGUUCGCUGGAGCGCGAUCCGGACUUCAAAUCCAAUCCAAUCCAAGCCCCCCCUCCCUUUUCUCAGCCCUGUAUAAUUUCCCUGUAUAUUAUCACCUCACUUUUGCUUAA